GCCAAAGAGACAGCGUGCGUCCGGACUGGCGCGGACGACUUCUCGUAUGAGCUCCGCCAUCGCGCACGUCCUAAGCACGCCCGAGCUCGUGCUGCACAUUGCGGCCUACCAAGCUGGCGCGUGGCGCGACUUCAUUGCGCUGCGGCCCUUGGCCAUCGUCGACUUCCAGGCGCGGCUGAGUCCGAUGGCCAGCACCUGCCGUGACUUUUGGCUCUCGUACGAGCGCACCGACUUUGUGCCGACGCUGCGCCGCAUCGACGCCGAGUUCCUCACGCCAUGGUACCGCGGCUACGGCCUCGCGCGCGUCCUGCGCUACAUCGACGCUUACGGCUACCGCGGCUUCUUCACGCUCCUCAUCGACGCCGUGCACGCGGGCCGCCUGCCCGUGCUCAUGUUUCUGCACCAUACGUACGGCAGCGGCUGCGACGUGCAGCACCUCGUGGACCUUGCGGCGUGCAGCGGUCAUCUCGACGUGCUCACGUUUCUGCAUCAGAACGGGUACAAUGGCUGCAGUACGAGCGCGAUGGACGGUGCGGCCGCGCUCGGGCACUUGCAUAUCGUCCAGUUCCUCCACGAGCACCGGCAAGAAGGCUGCAGCGUCCAAGCCCUUGAUUUCGCAGCUCAGAACGGGCACUUAAACGUUGUCAAGUUUCUCAAGACGCACCGCAACGAAGGCGGGACCCCCGGUGCGAUCGACUUUGCCGCGCAGAAUGGCCACUUUGACGUCGCCGACUAUUUAUCGCAGUUUGAAGCCCAGAAACCCUCCAAGCUCUGGAUGCGCUUCUACUGGGUACGGCCGGGCGAGAGUCUCUGGCGGCAUCAGCUACUGCUCGUGUUGCUCCUUGUCUUGAGCGUCUCGGCGCUCGGCGUCAUCAUGGCCUUUAGCCCGCUUCAAAUCAACGCCAUCGUGCUUCCCCUCCUCGCGCUUAUUGCGAUCUAUGUCGGCGUUCGCUGCCUCCACCGAUAGUACUAAUGUUAUGCUAUAAAGCACCUCCAUUGUGCUGUGUCAACUUCCCGUCUUCCGAGUUGACAUCAUGACCACUACUGAAUAGGUGAAUUUCUAUCCUUGUCUUCAAAUUUCAAGGUUCGAAAGUGCAGGAAAAGGUCCUUUUUACGCCUAAUUAGGCAACUAAGCCGAAAUGUAGAUCGAUU